GCGGAACAACUCGAGCCUCGCCACCUCUGGUUUCUCACCGCAGCUUGGACGUUGGGGUUUUGCCAGCACCAGAGCGACGUCUCAGACCUUCUCCUCCCGGAUCUUGGCAGAUCACCCCCUCAGCAGGGUCUGCGCAUCGCCGCCAGCAUGAAGCUGGUUCCCGUCGCCCUCUUAUACCUGGGCUCCCUCGCCUUCUUGGGCGCGGACACCGCACGGCUAGACGUGGCGUCAGAGUUCCGAAAGAAGUGGAAUAAAUGGGCUGUAAGUCGUGGAAAGAGGGAACUUCGAGUGUCCAGCAGCUAUCCCACCGGGCUCGCUGAAGUGAAGGCCGGGCCGGCCCAGACUCUUAUUCGGACCCAGGACGUGAAGGGCGCCUCUCGCAACCCCCAGACCAGCGGUCCGGACGCCGCCCGCAUCCGAGUCAAACGCUACCGCCAGAGUAUGAACAAUUUCCAGGGCCCGCGGAGCUUCGGCUGCCGCUUCGGAACGUGCACGGUGCAGAAACUGGCGCACCAGAUCUACCAGUUCACAGACAAGGACAAGGACGGCGUCGCCCCCAGGAGCAAGAUUAGCCCUCAGGGCUACGGCCGCCGGCGCCGGCGCUCCCUGCCCGAGCCCGGCCUUCGCCGGACUCUGUUGUUCCCGGAGCCACGGCCAGGCGGGGCUCCGGCCCCCCGGGCGCAUCAGGUGCUCGCCAACCUCCUUAAGAUGUAGGCGCCUGUGGCAGCAGCGAACUGGCGCGCGUGUGCAUCCCGCUGGCUUCCCCCUGGGCGGAGGGCUUCCCCGAGCCGAGCCCCUCUGCCGAUGGAAGUCGGGCAGAGACCGGGAUUCCGGGAGGCACCGUCCCGCGGCCAGCCCUGGCUUUGCGCGAGCCCCUUCUCCUCGGAGGCACGGAUCCCUCUGUCCCAAGCCGGCCCAGGUGUCCCGUGGGGGGCAGAGGAAUGCAAGGGAGGCCUGCCAGGCUCACGGAGAGGAUUAACUGAGAAUUAAAUGAGAAUUAAAUGCUUGAGACCCUCCCCCCUCCCCCCCCAGGGACAGGGGUCUGAGUCACUGCCGUGCCUGCCCACAAACUGAUUUCUCACGGGGUGUCACCCCACCGGGGCGCAAGCCUCACUAUUACUUGAACUUUCCAAAACCUAGAGAGGAAAAGUGCAAUGCGUGUUGUAUAUACAGAGGUAACUAUCAAUAUUUAAGUUCGUUGCUGUCAGAAGAUUUUUUUUGUAACUUCAAAUAUAGAGAUAUUUUUGUACGUUAUAUAUUGUAUUAAGGGCAUUUAAAAACCAUUGCAUUGUCCCCCUCCCCACUUAUUUUAAUACGUGAAUGUCUCAGCGAGGUGUAACGUUGUUUUUGCUGCAGAGUGUGUGAGUGUGCGUGAGAGACUUAUUACCUCUUGUGGAAGAAGGAACACCGUGUCUCUGCAUUAUCUAUUUACAUAAAAUGGGUGAUAUGCGAAAAUAGCAAAUCAAU